AUGGCCUCUUCUCCAAUCGAUGCCACUCGUAUCCGGCUCCUCUCCGAGGAGAUCGACCACCUAUUAGAACACUACCUUCAGCUGCUGCACCAAUACGACACAUUACGUAGCUCUCUGUCUACUGUGCAAGCUUCGAUCCAGCAGAACAUCGCGCGAGCAAACUUCGAUGCGCAGAGGGGUGUACGGUAUGGACAGGACUGCUACGAUCAGCGCAUGCAGGCUGCACGAGGAUGCCGUGUGACCAGCGGACCCGAAGGCACCGCAUUCUCAGUCGUUGAGCUCUCAACACUGGGCAAGGAUGGGUCGGCUGCUUCCGAGGGCACGCACAAAGACAAUGCAGGUCCACAGAAGACGGGAAUAUCUGCAGCGGACGAGAUUCCAGAUGGAGAUACGAAGACUGUAGGAGAGGAGGACGAGCAGAAUGGGGAUGCGGAAAGGGAGAAGAAGACAACCAAGUCAAAGGACCCGGUCCGCAUGUUCGGCAUCCUGACACCACAGGCGUUGAGGCUGGCUCAAGGAGGGGCUAUCAAGAUGGUUGAAGAGGUUAUACCGAAGCUUGCAUCGAUAGAUGCAGAGAUGAAAGAGGUCGAGAUCAAGAUCCGGCGGGCGAGGAAACAACGAGUGAAAGCGGAGGCUGCGGAGAAGACGGUGGUGGGAGAGAGGAGGGAGGAGGGAGUUGUGUCUUGA